CGGGCGCAGUAACGGCGAAAUGGCGGAGUUGGUGCGUUUUAUCGUUCCCACAGAGAGUGACAAAACGUUGCUGGUGUGGGAGUUAAGCGCUGGACCCUCGGCCGAGGCCCUGCACCAUUCUGUGUUCGCAGUAUUCUCCCGCUUUGGCCUUCUGUACUCAGUCCGGGUCUUCCCAAACGCUGCAGUGGCCCGUCCUGGUUUCUAUGCCGUCGUCAAGUUUUACUCAGCAAGGGAUGCCCACCGAGCCCAGAAGGCUUGCGACCAGAAGCAGCUUUUCCAGAACUCUCCAGUGAAGGUUUGUCUUGGUACCAGACAUAAAGCAGUUCAACAUCAGGCCAUUGCCUUAAGCAGUUCACGAUGUCAAGAACUGGCAAAUCACUACUUUGGUUUCAAUGGAUGGUCAAAAAGGAUCAUUAAGCUUCAGGAGCUUUCUGACCUUGAAGGAAGGGAAAAUGAAGAUAUUGUGGUACCACUUGAGAAGCAAAGCCUGAAAUUCUUCUGUGCCUUGGAGGUGGUUUUACCAUCCUAUGAGUGCAGGAGUCCUGGAGUUGGCAUUGCAGAGGAGCUGCUGGAUAAGCUGGAGGAAGGACCAUUAUCAUUCCUUAUGAAAAGAAAGACAGCCCAGAAACUGGCUAUUCAGAAGGCCCUGUCAGAUGCAUUCCAGAAACUGUCGAUUGUUGUCUUAGAAAGUGGUAAAAUAGCUGUGGAGUACAGACCCAAUGAAGAGAUCCCAGAUACAAGAAGCGAAGAACUACACAAUUUAAUUCAAGUCAGUUGCUUUUCGUGGGAGCAGUACAGCCAAGAGGAGGAAGACUAUCUUUCAGAUUUCGCCUUGGAGUAGGAAGAGUUCAGGCUACCAGAACCAGACCAGCACUUCAGAAGGUCUGAGAAGCCAGGCCCUGCGAUUUCCUUAGGAAGAUCUGGUGCUCCCCAUUCCAACAGGGUCUGCGGCCCAACUCUUGUCUCACUAUGGAAGGGUCAGGGGACAUCUGUCACAUCUGAAGGGAGAAUGGAGAGGGAAAGCCUGGGAAAAGGCUCACCCUGGUGGCACAAAGACUAUCAGGGCCCCAGCUUAGUAAAGGUUACAUAAAAACCAGCCAGUCCUGGGACCAGCAGUUAGUGUAAUGGCUAUGUUGCUGGA